CUAGAAAACUCGAAAAUCUCAAAAUGGCGCGUCACGGUUCGAGUAACAGACUCUCGUAUCCUGCUCACCCUUCAACCCUUUGCUCAUGACUCAUGACAGACAAUCCUUCUCUCACCUCUAUAUUUACUACCCAUUCUCCUCCCCUCCCUUUUGCCAAAACAAACCCCCCAAAAAAAAACAAAGAAGCCUCUAAAUCCCUCCCUCUCUCCUUCUUUCUCUGUUCCUAAAUUUCCAUCUCAACCAAACUCAAAACCAUGAGAGAAAUCCUUCAUUUUCAAGGAGGCCAAUAUGGGAACCAAAUCGGCUCUAAGUUUUGGGAAGUUAUCUGCCAUGAGCAUGGCGUCGAUCCUAUGGGAAGGUACCAAGGAGAUGGAUCGUCUGAUCUUCAACUGGAACGUAUCAAUGUGUAUUACAAUGUGGCUUACGGUGGAAGGUACGUCCCUCGUGCGGUUCUCAUGGAUCUAGAACCCGGUACCAUGGAUAGUAUUAGAUCCAGUCCUUAUGGCCAGAUCUUUAGACCUGAUAAUUUCAUCUUUGGACAAUCCGGUGCCGGCAACAACUGGGCCAAAGGUCAUUACACUGAAGGAGCCGAGUUGAUUGACGCUGUUCUUGAUGUUGUUCGUAAAGUGGCAGAGAAUUGUGAUUGCUUGCAAGGCUUCCAGGUAUGCCAUUCACUUGGGGGAGGCACAGGUUCCGGGAUGGGAACUCUCCUGAUAUCAAAAAUCAGAGAAGAAUAUCCAGAUAGGAUGAUGAUGACAUUCUCUGUUUUCCCUUCACCUAAAGUCUCUGACACAGUUGUGGAGCCUUAUAAUGCCACCCUCUCUGUGCACCAGUUGGUAGAGAAUGCUGAUGAAUGCAUGGUCCUUGACAAUGAGGCACUUUAUGAUAUUUGCUUCAGGACCCUAAAGCUCACCACUCCAAGCUUUGGAGAUCUGAACCACUUAAUUUCUGCAACAAUGAGCGGUCUAACAUGCUGCCUAUGGUUCCCUGGACAGUUGAACUCUGAUCUCCGAAAGUUGGCUGUGAACUUAAUCCCAUUCCCACGUCUGCACUUCUUUAUGGUUGGGUUCGGACCACUUACAUCCCGCGGUUCCCAGCAGUACUUUUCUCUCACUGUCCCGGAGCUGACUCAACAGAUGUGGGAUGCAAAGAACAUGAUGUGUGCGGCUGACCCUCGCCAUGGUCGCUACCUGACAGCUUCAGCUAUGUUCCGGGGCAAGAUGAGCACCAAAGAAGUUGACGAACAAAUGACCAAUGUCCAGAACAAGAAUUCAUCGUACUUUGUAGAGUGGAUUCCCAACAACGUUAAGUCCAGUGUUUGUGACAUUCCAACAAAUGGUCUGAAGAUGUCAUCCACAUUUGUCGGAAACUCGACAUCGAUCCAGGAAAUGUUCAGAAGGGUAAGCGAGCAAUUCACGGCAAUGUUCCGUCGCAAGGCCUUUUUGCAUUGGUAUACUGGUGAGGGAAUGGAUGAGAUGGAAUUUACAGAAGCAGAGAGUAACAUGAAUGACUUGGUGGCAGAGUAUCAGCAAUACCAAGAUGCAACUGUGGAGGAUGAGGGUGAAUACGAGGAGGAGGGUCUUGAGGAGAACUACGAGUCAUAAACUGUGUGGCCAAUCACGUUUAAACAAAUGAGAAUUGCAACCUUUACCUGCCUAUGUACCUACUAUUGUGUGGCUACUGCUGUUUGUUCAGUUCUCUGCUCUGCACUUGUAUUUCCUAAGUUAAUAUUGUUUGCUUAAUGAUUUCUGGUUUACUUACAGCCCUCAAGCUGAAUUUAUUGAUUCUUCUUAAAAUACUACAAAUUUUCAGAAAAGAAAGAAAAGAACAGCCAUUUAGCAUACAUACAUACAUACAUACAUACAUAGAUACAUACAUACAUAGUAAUUAAAGAAGAUGUUCAUAGAAACAGCUGUCGGUUGAAAGAGAGACAAUAUGACAUACACAGUGAGGAACAAAAUGGAAUGAAAUUUAUCAUCAUCUGCAACGACAAACUAAUAGAAUCCCCAAAAAAUUAGGAAAUAGCCAUUCAUCAUUACAAUCAAUUAAUAAUAUAUAAUUAGAGGCGUCCGCAUCAGAGU